GCUUCGACCGCAAGAAGUCCCUGCACUCGUCAUCAUGGCUUCUCCGUACGACCUCGAUCUUAGUCCGCCCAGUGCCGAACUGUUGGAAGUUGCUCGUCAGGAAUUACGCGAAACUCCAGAAGUGAGGGCUGCGGCUCUGAUCGAGCUGCGGAAGCUACUUCAGGCCGCAACGGAUUUGUAUUUUCCGGACGAUGACGAUUUCCUGAUAAUGUUUCUACGGCCAUCUCACUUCUAUCCGGAUAGUGCAAUCAAACUGAUGCGCAACGUGGCAGAGUUCAAAAAGACGCACUCGGACCUGUUGAAGGAUCUGCUGCCGGUGGAUCUGAAGAAUGAAAUUCUUAACACCGACGUUGUGGCCGUGUUGAAGAACUGUGACCAGCAUGGCCGUCGUUUGAUGAUUGUUCGGAUGGGUAACGUCUGGGAUCCGAAGGUCAUCAGUGAGGACAAAGUGUUUUCCCUUCUUUAUACCGUCCAUAAGUUGGCAAUUCUGGAACCGAAAACGCAAAUCAAGGGAGCGGUCGUAAUUUAUGACUUCGAAGGCCUGGGCAUGAAACAGGUCAAGGGAAUGUCACCCGGUGCGGCGAAACGGCUGCUGACCUUCAUCCAGGAUGCAGCUCCUCUACGGAUAAAGGCUGUACACUUCGUCAAGGAACCGAUGCUAUUCAGCAUGGUCUGGACUUUGAUGAAACCGUUUGUCCGGGAGAAACUGAAGGGACGGAUGUAUUUCCACGGUGAUGACAUGAAGAAGCUGCACAAACACGUUGAUGCGACUUGUUUGCCGGCCAAUUACGGAGGAACCAUGCCGACGUUGGAUUACGGAUCGAAGGAGUGGUACCCGACGAUGGAAAAGCACACCGAGGAUGUUAAGAAAUUUAAUUCGGCAGGAUUUAAGUAAAAUUAAGGCGAAGCAAACGAAUAUUAUCGUAAAAUGAUUUGAAACAAUAGAUUACACUGGAGUUUUGUACAUUCUGGCCUCUAGGUAAACUAUUGC